AUGGAUCAAUACAUCUUCCCCCGGAGCGACCGGAAACUCCACCAGCCCCUCUAUCGACCGUCCCGUUUCGCCGCGACCCAGACUUUGAUAGCUCUUGUGGGCAUCGGUGGUGUCGGGAAAUCGCAACUUAGUAUCGAAUACUCCUACCGCGUCCGAUCCCAAUCACCGGCGACAUGGGUUUUCUGGGUUCAUGCAAGUAACGCGGUCCGGUUUGAGCAAAGUUUCCGGGAUAUCGCCGACCAGGCCAAAAUGGUCGGGCGCCAGGAUCCCACAGUGAAUAUAUUCCGACUCGUCGAAAGCUGGCUCCAGGAUAGCAAGAGAGGAAAGUGGUUGCUGAUUCUUGAUAAUAUUGAUGACGAUGGGUUCCUUCGCCAGCCCCUGGCGACAGGUCAGCAGGGUGCGGAGGUCGGCCAAACCAAUGCCUCGACAAAGCCACUAUUAGAAUUCCUCCCCCAAAGCCCGAACGGUUCAAUAAUUAUCACAAGUCGGAGCCGAGAGGUAGCAUUGAAAAUUGUCGACCGCCAGGACAUCAUUAAAGUCGAACCAAUGAAAAAGCCCGAGGCGCUAGAACUGCUCCAACGAAAAGUUGGACUGCCAGCGGAAACCCCUGAUAUUCUGAAGUUGGUGGAGGAACUGGAGUUCAUGCCACUAGCGAUCAUACAGGCUGCCGGCUACAUCGGAGUCUCAGAGGAUCUUCUUCGAGCUCAAUACGAGAUCAAAACCGACGAUUCGAGCUCGGAGGAGUUUACGUUGGAGCACAGUGACGAUGAUAUGGAUAGCACGUCUGGAUCUAAGACGGAUUAUAAUUUUGAGGAUGAUAUCACAACAUUAAGAGACUUUUCAUUUAUUUCUAUCGAAAAGGACAACACGGUCUUCACAAUGCAUCGGCUGGUGCAACUGACUGUGCGUGUCUGGCUGAAAACUGAUGAACAGCUAGAGCGAUGGAAGGAGCAAUUUAUCAUGAUCCUGUGGCAAAGGCUUCCGACAGGUGAAUAUGAAAACUGGGCACAGUGCCAGCCGCUCUUUCCACAUGUGAAAUCAGCCAUGUCACAACGACCAGAAUCACAAGACUCACUAGAAAAAUGGGCUACGCUGCUUUACAGAGGGGCAUGGUAUGCGCGAGAACGCGGAAGUAUUGCGGAAUCAAUGGAUAUGGCAUCUAGAUCGCGGAAGCAAAGGACAUUAAUGUUUGGCCCCGAGGGUGAACAGACCCUCAGUAGCUCUGCGAUGUUAGCGGACGCACACCGACUGGAGGGGCAAUGGGAAGAGGCAGAACAACUCGAGGUGCAGGUGAUGGAGACUCGCAAGACGAAGCAGGGUGCGGACCAUCCUGACACGCUGACGAGUAUGGCCAAUCUGGCAUCGACGUAUAGGAACCAGGGCCGAUGGGAAGAGGCCGAGCAACUCUUUGUGCAGGUCAUGGAGACUCGCAAGACGAAACUCGGCGCGGACCAUCCCUCAACGCUGAUGAGUAUGGCCAACCUGGCGUCGACACUCUGGAACCAGGGCCGAUGGGAAGAGGCAGAACAACUCGAGGUGCAGGUGAUGGAGACAUUCAAGACGAAGCUCGGCGCGGACCAUCCCUCAACGCUGACGAGUAUGGCCAACCUGGCGUUGACGUAUAUGAACCAGGGCCGGUGGGAGGAGGCCGAGCAGCUCUUUGUGCAGGUCAUGGAGAAUUUCAAGACGAAGCUCGGCGCGGACCAUCCUGACACACUGACGAGUAUGGCCAAUCUGGCGUCGACAUUCUGGAACCAGGGCCGGUGGAAAGAGGCAGAGCAACUCUUUGUGCAUGUCAUGGAGAAUUUCAAGACGAAGCUCGGCGCGGACCAUCCUGACACGCUGACGAGUAUGGCCAACCUGGCGUCGACACUCUGGAACCAGGGCCGAUGGGAAGAGGCAGAACAACUCGAGGUGCAGGUGAUGGAGACUCGCAAGACGAAACUCGGCGCGGACCAUCCCUCAACGCUGACGAGUAUGGCCAACCUGGCGUCGACGUAUAUGAACCAGGGCCGGUGGAAAGAGGCCGAGCAGCUCGAGGUCCAGGCCAUGGAGACUCGCAAGAUGAAGCUCGGCGCGGACCAUCCUGACACACUGACGAGUAUGGCCAACCUGGCGUCAACGUAUAGGAACCAGGGCCGAUGGGAAGAGGCCAAGCAGCUCGAGGUCCAGGUCAUGGAGAAUUUCAAGACGAAGCUCGGCGCGGACCAUCCCUCAACGCUGACGAGUAUGGCCAACCUGGCGUCGACGUAUAUGAGCCAGGGCCGGUGGAAAGAGGCAGAGCAGCUCGAGGUCCAGGUUAUGGAGACUCGCAAGACGAAGCUCGGCGCGGACCAUCCUGACACGCUGACGAGUAUGGCCAACCUGGCGUCGACGUAUAUGAGCCAGGGCCGGUGGAAAGAGGCAGAGCAGCUCUUUGUGCAGGUCAUGGAGACUCGCAAGACGAAGCUCGGCGCGGACCAUCCCUCAACGCUGACGAGUAUGGCCAACCUGGCGUCGACACUCUGGAACCAGGGCCGAUGGGAAGAGGCCGAGCAGCUCUUUGUGCAGGUCAUGGAGACAUUCAAGACGAAGCUCGGCGCGGACCAUCCCUCAACGCUGACGAGUAUGGCCAAUCUGGCGUCGACGUAUACGAAGCAGGGCCGGUGGGAAGAGGCCGAGCAGCUCGAUGUCCAGGUUAUGGAGACAAGCAAGACGAAGCUCGGCGCGGACCAUCCUGACACGCUGACGAGUAUGGCCAAUCUGGCGUCGACAUUCUGGAACCAGGGCCGGUGGAAAGAGGCAGAGCAACUCUUUGUGCAGGUCAUGGAGACUCGCAAGACGAAGCUCGGCGCGGACCAUCCCUCAACGCUGACGAGUAUGGCCAACCUGGCGUCGACACUCUGGAACCAGGGCCGAUGGGAAGAGGCCGAGCAGCUCUUUGUGCAGGUCAUGGAGACAAGCAAGACGAAGCUCGGCGCGGACCAUCCUGACACGCUGACGAGUAUGGCCAAUCUGGCGUCGACAUUCUGGAACCAGGGCCGGUGGAAAGAGGCAGAGCAACUCUUUGUGCAGGUCAUGGAGACUCGCAAGACGAAGCUCGGCGCGGACCAUCCUGACACGCUGACGAGCAUGGCAAACGUCGCCUAUACCCUUCGCUCGUCGGGUCAAAGCAAAGCCGCUUUGCUGUUAAUGGGCGAAUGCGUUCUACUUUGUGACCGAAAACUAGGCCCUGACCAUCCACAUACUAUGUCCUUCAAAUCUGCCCUUAACAAAUGGCGUAGGAAGGACGAGUCUCUAUCUUUCGAGAAUAUUAAAGCGCCAACCGAAACCAACGAUGACCAAAUCCUAGCCAGUCCCACAGAAACCCCCGAGCCAGUUUCCAAACCUGACCGACAUGGUAGGCGCAAAAUCUUCUCGCGCCUCUUCAGUAGAAAAUAG